UCCUAUGUAAUGCUCUGAUUAAAUAUUUUGGAUAAUUAUCCACAUACAUCUACAUUUCGCACACUCCUUGAGGUGCGGUGAGAUCCCUGAAAUUUCUAGUAUUUUAUUUCAAGGACUACAACUAUUUCUGUGAACUACAACUCCUACAUAUAAUCUCAGUUGGUGCAUGACGUCACACAGCCUGCAUCAGUUAGUGUAGUCAUAUGGCGAUCUCGCAUGAAGCCCUUCAUAUAACGGAAAAAACAAUGGUUAUCAAGGACAUGUUGACUCGAAAAUUCGCUGGGAGGAUGAAAAAAGAUACUCGCAGACCUUUACAGAUCUAAAUUCUAUUUAACACAUCAACAGUUGAACAGCAUGGAACUUACUAAUGACCCACUCUGUGAACCAUCUGCUUCUGAAGCAAAUCUCCACAAUGAGCAGCUUUCACUUUCAGACCGUCUGUCGCCUUCUGAAGCGCCAUUAGAUAGUAUUGUACAUGGAAUAGAGGUUUCAGAGGGUUCAGAACGAAACCGUGGCCUUGAGUUGAAGCUAGACCUCUAUGUCCCGGCACCACCAAUAAUAGAGCCUGUAACACCUGUAGAGGAAACAGUGGAGCAUUGUGCACUUCCUGUAGCAACAGAAGAGGAAAGCCCACAACCUGAAGCCGUUAAAGAAGGAUCAGAUAAAACUGCCAACUUUGUAGGCUUUCAUUGCAAAAAUCAGACAAGUCUUGCUGAGUCAAGUUUGAAUACUGUGAUAGAAGUGCGAUGUGAGCAGGCAUCCAAUGAAACAAGCUCAUCAGACUGUACGGCUGAAAGUUGUAUGCCCGUAGAGACCAUAAACUCAAAUGAAACACCAAAAAGUUGUGCCAAUAUUAAACCAUUAACUGGAAGUACAGUAGACAAUGCCAACAGAAUGAUCAUCCCUCCAAAGAAGGACAAAUUUAACCCUUUGAAAAUUGACAUGGCCAAAGUAAUACCUCUAACCUCGUCCCAACUCUCACUGCAGUGCCUAGAAUGUCACAUCAUCUUCAGUGACUCCAAAAGCAAAGAACGGCACCUUAAAAUGAGCCACCCUGCAGAAUAUCAGCAAUGCAUGCUGGGAGAUGCUCUCUUUACUUGCUAUGUUUGUGAUCAGCAUUUCACCACCUCCACAGAGCUCAUGGCCCAUCAACGCACACACACAGGUAAUGAGCGAUUCAAGUGCCCUUUUUGUAGUGAGGCCUUCUACAGAUCCUGUGAACUAACAAGUCACAAAAAAAAAAUUCACUUCAGCAAACAUGGAUACACCUGUGCAGAGUGUGGCAAGCCUUUCAAAACCUUUACUUUGCUCAGAUACCACCAACGGGUACACACAGAGGAAAAGCCUUUUGUUUGCAUACACAAACACUGUGGUAGAAAGUUUUCUGCAUCCAAGUCUCUUCAACACCACUUAGAAAAACAUCAGAAAGAAGAUAACCAGGAUAACCAGACAAAUGCUUCAAUCAGUUCAAAGUAAAGAGGGAUAAAGGAAAAAAUGUGAGGAAAUUCCCAUGUUCACAGUGUGCUGCAGUCUUCAAGACUUCUAAAGCACAACUUCUUCACAUCAGAAAUAAACACUCUCAAGAGUCACAAAGUAGUGCUGUGAUGGUGCCACAACUAAAGCCAACUGGACUUGCUCUGACACAGAUCGCUAAUGGACAAUCACAGACUCUCAUCAUGGAAACUGUUGGACAAACAACAGAGCGAAUGGAUAAGCUGGAUCCUGUGCAAAUAAAAAGGCUAAUUGAGAAACUUGGGAAUGUACAGAAAGUGAAUCAGUUGGUUAUAUUGCCUUUGCAGCCACACAACUUUGGGUCACCCCAUCAACAGCCAUUAAUGCAACCAUUACAUGUGAAUUUUACUAAAUCAACCAUUCAGCCAACACAAUGUAAGAAAUCUGACACAGACUCAUCAAAAACAGAGCGAAUUAACUUUCAGUUGUCUGCAGAAAUUGGAGAUUUGCAUCAAAAGGAAAAUGUUCUAUCACAAGAGGGAGCAAAUAUUUCAUCAGAAAACUCAGAGACCCUAGUAACAGCUGUUGAACUGACACAAACAGAGGUCCAAAUAGAAAUGGAUGAAAUUCACCUUGAACUUAUACCAGUACAGACUGAUACUUCGGUUUUGCUGGAUCAAACAUCUUUACAGAGUGAAAAACCACAGAAUGAUUCUGUUAAUGAGAUGGCACAAAUAGCAGAGGAACAUUUAGAGAUGUCAUGUCCUGCACAAAUGCUAAAUUCAACAGAAUUGUCAGUGGAAUCUGAGUCACUGGUGGUAAGUAAACAGUGUAAUAUAGUCAAAUUAAGUGAACCUCAAGAACUUCAAGAAGUCCAAGAUCAAAAGGACCGAUCUGAAUCAGAGAAAGAACCAUCCAUGCCAGUGGAACCACAUUCUCAGCCCAAUUCUCUCAACAGUGUGCAGAAUGACACCGUAAUUGACCUUCAACAAAGCUCUGUGCUUACACAAGACAAGACUAGAGCCAGCUUACAGGAUUUCCGUUUUGUUCAGAAGAAACUUCCAACAAAGAAAAAAAAAUCUAAGAAACAAUUGGCUGACAAAAUAGAGACUAAGGAAGCAAGUAAAGUAUGUGAUGGUCAGCUAGCCUCAACCAAGAAAGUUGAUACUUCAUCAAAAGUAAUUACUAAAAAAAGGCAAAUAGCAAAAAGCUUGUUGUCAAAUUCGGACCAAGUGAGAAGAAAAAAUCCUCUAAACCGAAGGUGGUAAUAACCUCAAAAACCAAACAAAACCAGAACCAGAAAAUUAGUGAUCAAGAUCAAAUUCCUAUAUUGUCUCAGCAUGUCAAUAAACUAGAUUUAAACCAAAAAGUGCAAAAAGAUAAAAAAGGAAAGGAGAUUGAAAGUCCUUCAGAAGCAGCAGUGAAGACAACAGCUCAAAUUACUAAUUCAUUAGACACUGUUUUGGCAGAAACAGAAGCAACAAAACAAGGGAAAUCCCAGAAGAGAAAAAUAAAUAAUCAAAACAGUUUGGACGAGAAGGCAAACUCAGUCCAGAAGGCUCACCAAAAUGAAACACUGGUACCUGUACAAAAGAAAAAGAAGCAGGGGAAGAAAUCUGAAGACAAAUGUCCCAAGAAACCCAAGGUUAGGAAGAGCCAAAGUGAUAACUUUAAGAAGAAUACCCACAAAUUACCCAAGCAUAAAGUUACAAAGGGAAAAUCUAGCCCUGAUGUUAUAGACCUGGCUCACAUAGAUAAACAAGCUUUGCUCUUAUUAAAAGGCCACAAGCAGCCUCAGCUGAAGGUGCACAAGUUGGAUGCUACUGAACUCGACAAAUCACCCACAAACAAGCGUGAUAAGGUACUGAAAAAAACAAAACAAACAGCAAUCAAAUCCUUGAAUAUAGCACACCAAAAGAAAACAAAAUCAGGUGAGAUGCCCUCUGUUGAGAACAGCCCUGGUUCUGUGUCUACAAAGCCCAAAAUUGUACGGAAACGCAAAGCUCCUACAAAGACAGACCAAGAAACUGCCUUGAGCCCCCCGUAUUCUCAACUUACCCUUGGGUGCCAGGACUGUGGAAAGACAUUCUCAGAAGUGUCUGCUUUACAGGAACACAUGGCAUCCUGGCACUCAGCUGGAAAGGUGUCCUUCCCAGAUGAAACAUUUGAUGUUGCUAAAAAACGAAUCAUAAGACCUGGUCCUAAUGAAAAAUGUAUUUCCCCUAAUGUCUUUGAAAUUCAAGUUGCAACCGAUUGGGACAUGGAGACUGAGGUGGGGGAGAUUGUGGGAGAAAGACUAUCAUUCGUUAAGUCAGUCUCCUUCUUUAACACUUGCUUCUGGUGGUGUUGAAGGAAAGGAACAAGCAGGAGUCAAAGAUUUUGAAGGAAUUGUUUCUGGACUUAAGCAGCCUCCUGAGCAGAAUCCUUUAGAAGCUUGUGAGAUUCCUUCCCAGGCUUCAACCCCAGAUAAUGUGUCAGAAAAAGCUCAGAGUAAUGGGGUCGAGUCUAUCACAGAAACAUCUUGCGCUCAACUCAAAGAUGCAGCAGAGGAAGAAAUUAAAGAAGAACUGCCUUCAGAGGUUAAUUUAGUAAUGGUUGGUGAAAACCAUGUGGAAGACAACACUCAGAUAAAUAAUGUUUCAGGUGACUCUCAAGAGCUUGAAAAUGAAGUGCACAAUCAAAGUUCUCAGUCUGCAAAAGAUAUUCUUACUGAACCAGAGAUAAAGCAAGAAGAAGAGGAGGUACUUGUACGCAGAGUUGAUGAUCAUAAAAGAGUGAUGGGAGAAAAUUCUGCAAUAAGAGGUAAGAAAGCAGUUGGAAGAAGCCAUAGCAAGAGACCAUUUGGAAGAAGAACUAGCAUAGAAAACAGAAGUAAAAAGAAAAUAGAAGGAAAUAAGGAGCCACAAGAUUGCAAGGUUCUCUAUCAUCUGUGUAUGCUUGAUACUCCGGAGGGAAAGAGCAAACAAAAUGACAAGAAUGGAGUUAAUGCCUCUGAAACUUGUCAACCAUUGUCUUCUGAGGAGGGUCCUGAGGAACAGGUUGUUUUUGAGUUGGAUUCUGUUACCACAAGUGUAAUGGAUAUUGUAAACUCUGGAGACAGUUCAUUUGAAGAAUCUAGAGAGCUGGUUCGAGACGGAAGUUCACCUGGAAUCAUACUGGAAAAAUUCUUUACUGCUCGAGAGAGAAAUAUGGAAAAUCCAAACACCCAAAAUCAGAUUAGUGUCUCAUUAAAGACCAACUCCUCAUUGGAUACCAGUAAAGUGACUUCGCCUAACACAUCAGCUGAUGUUAAAGUAGAAGAACGUUCUACAAAUUUGGCUCAAAACAGUCUGAUUUCUUCUGAGAGUGGUGCAAUGCAAGGAGUACAAAUGUUUUUUGUCAAAGCGGAAGACCACUUAACGACAAAUGAGAUGUUUCAGCCCGUGGAUCAUCAUCGCUUUACAUGUCAAGAUAAGACCACUUAUAGGAACAGAGAUGGCACCUCUUCGGACUCUCAUGUAGUAUCCCUGCAGUCCUGCAGCAAGCAAUGCAUAUUUUAUCCUGUUAAGGAGGAAGAGAGGGAACAUUUAGUUGAGCCUCCUCAAGUGGAUCAGACAUUCUUGAAUUUGGGGGAACUUGCAGGGACUUCAUCUGGAAUUGAAGAAUGUGAGGAAGUCAGGGUAGGUUCGGUACAAAUGGACAUGCAAAAUCUAUAUACAGCAUCUGAAGAGGGUGAUGUUAGUGCUGAACGGCAAAGAAUUCAAGGCUUUUUAGAAUUCCUUUCAGAGAAUUCAGACACGGAUGAUGCCGAUAAUGUCCACUCUGAACCAGAAGCUGAAACCAUUGUGAUGUCCUGUUACCAUGGUAUACAGAGUAAUGGUACAGUACAUCAAAGUGGUGUAGAGAGAUGUGGUCCAAGUGGCAGAACAAACCUGGGUGCCUCUCCAACAAGGCACACAGAACCAGAGAGGCAGCUCAACUGGAAGCCCAUUAACUACUUUAAUCAGUAUUUUAGUUUGGACACAUGGAAUGAAAUUGCUGUUUACACAAGGGAAACAUCAAAACUGCCAAACCUCAUUACAGAAAAAGAGGUUGCACAGUAUGUGGGAAUCCACAUAGCAAUGGGAACUCUGAAGUUUCCAAGCACAAAGCUCUACUGGGAAGAUUGCACACGAGUACCUCUAAUAUCCGAUGCCAUGUCGGCUUCAAAAUUCUGUGAGCUUGCUCGUAAAUUGAAGCUGGCCAGUUUCUGGCGGAGCUUCAGUCGAAACAAGUAGUGAUCAGGAGU